UCAAUUCUUCUCCGUUGCUUGUUGGCCUCAGGUUAGUUCUUGCUUGGCGGUUCAGAAUUCUCUGAGCCCUAACUUUGGUUUCGUUGAAGCAUUUCUAAAUUCUCUCAUUUAUUCCACGAAAGAGCGACAAAAUUUUCUGUUUCAAGUAUGGAAGGUGGGAAUCCUGACAGUAGCGAAUCAAACACCCCACUUUUUAAUGGUGGUUUGAGAAAUAAUGAACUUAUUUCCUACCAAAGCAGAAAUGAUGGGCUUAUUCCACAACUAUUUACCUCUGUCCCAGCUCUGAAUGAAGCUGCUUCCUAUCUUGCAGAAACAACUUCAUUUUUAAGUCGGUGUUUUACUGAUUAUUCUGUGGAACCUGCCUAUUCAGCUGUGAAUGAACAGGAGCUGACAACAUUUCCUUCUGAACAAACCAGAGAAUAUUUGGAUAGUAUUCACCGCCCUUCAAGAGGAAGUUAUUCUACACUUUAUGAAUCAUAUGAUACAGAAACUGCUACUCCUCCUGUACCUGAUGGAAUAACGAGGAACUCACCUGGAGAUACAUCGCAAAAUAAUGGUGCUCUUGUGGUGACCGAUCAUCCCCACCAAAACGGGAUUUCCAUAUUUCAAGGCCUUAUUGACCGGGCACGGAGAACUGUUCGUGGGUCAGCAGAUGAUAUAGGAUGGAUACAACGUGCGCCAGGAAUGCCUCCAGUGGAAGAUGGAACUGAUAGGUUCAUGGAAAUUAUUGAUGAGAUCAGGCAUGGCGUCCACAGGUUGCCCAACUCAAUGAUUUACUUGUUGGUUCCAGGUCUUUUCAGCAACCAUGGACCACUUUAUUUUGUUAAUACAAAAAUAAGUUUCUCAAAGAUGGGUCUCGCUUGUCAUAUUGCCAAGAUUCACAGCGAGGCUUCGGUUGAGAAAAAUGCUCGAGAGAUAAAAGAGUACAUUGAGGAAAUCUAUUGGGGUUCCCAAAAACGUGUCUUGCUUCUUGGACAUAGCAAAGGGGGAGUAGAUGCAGCGGCUGCUUUAUCUAUGUACUGGUCUGAUUUGAAAGAUAAGGUUGCUGGAUUGGUAUUAGCCCAGAGUCCAUAUGGUGGUAGCCCAAUUGCUUCUGAUAUCUUGAGAGAAGGACAGCUCGGUGACUAUGUUAAUUUACGGAAACUAAUGGAGAUUCUGAUCUGUAAAGUGAUUAAGGGUGAUAUACAAGCUCUAGAAGAUUUAACAUACGAGAAAAGGAAGGAAUUCUUGAGGAAACACCAUUUGCCACCAGCACUCCCAGUCGUUUCAUUUAUCACAGAAGCUGGCAUCUCUCCUGCAGUUGUAGCGACAUUAUCUCGUGUUGCACAUGCAGAGGUACCCAUAGUUGCACCCCUAACUGCUGGCCAGCCCGCUAAAGUUCCAGUGAUCAUUCCCCUUGGUGCUGCAAUGGCUGCUUGUGCACAGCUGCUUCAAAUCAGGUAUGGCGAGAAGAGUGAUGGCCUUGUAACAUGCCGUGAUGCACAAGUCCCUGGAUCCAUUGUGGUACGACCAAAACGUAAACUAGACCAUGCUUGGAUGGUCUAUUCAGCAUUAGAUGAUGAUCCUACUGAAGCCAAUGCUUCUCAAGUGUGUGAAGCUCUUCUCCGGCUGCUAGUCGAAGCUGGAGAUAGGAAGAGACAUGAGCUUGCAAUGAAAGAUGAAUGAAGCUUCUGAUAUUAGCCUGUCAUUCUUUCUUUUCCCCUCUAUAGCGCCUUCCCAAUUUUUUUAUUCUUUUGGGUACCAGCAUGACUUCAGCUUGAUUGAAGUCCAUCAUUUGUUUAUGUACAUAACCCCAGUUUGUUGUAAGCCUAACCUUGUAUACGAAUAACUCCAUUGUAAUGUUAUGUGUUCAUGGGAAAAUUUUAGCCAAAUUAUCUGUUGGGAGAAAAUAAAUCUGGCCGUUGGAUCA